GGCCGGGUAUCAUGGCGACGUACGUGGAGAUUCUGAAGAGCGAGUUUCCUGAGAUCGACACGGAGCUCUUCGACUAUAUCACAGCCGUCUUGGACAGCGGCGGCGCAGACUUCGAGGAUGGGGAGGAGGUGUAUGACGCCAUCGGCGGCGUCCUGCAGGACGUGUCGGCCGACAGCAAGAACGAGGACGACGUCAGAGACAUCUGUCUCCAGAUGUUCAACACUCUGAAACUGAAUCAGCAUCACGGUUCUAAGAAGCAGCUGCUGCUCGACGCUCCCGUCCAACUGUCUCAGAUCUCUGCAGACCACGUCUCAGCAGAUCAAGACGUUCAGGGGAUCUGGAUGAUGAAACGAGCUCAGAACACGACUGUGGACGUGAAGAAACUGGAAAAGGCCGAAGCAAAGCUGAAAGCUAAACACGACCGCAGGAACGAGAAAGACUCACAGAAAGGCUCCGCCCCACUAGUCCUGGAGGAGGCGUCGGCCAGUCAGGCCAGCAGUAAAAAGGACAACCGAGUCGACCAAUCAGGGAAGAACCGCAGCUACGAUAUUCGCAUAGAGAACUUUGACGUUGCGUUUGGAGAGAGGUCCCUGCUGCAGGGGGCUGAGCUCUCUCUGGCGACAGGUCGGCGGUACGGUCUGAUUGGUCGUAACGGUCUGGGGAAGACAACGCUGUUGAAGAUGCUGGCGAGUCGUAGCCUCCGCGUCCCGGCCCACAUCUCCAUCCUGCACGUGGAGCAGGAAGUGGCGGGAGACGAGACGGCUGCGCUGCAGAGCGUCCUGGAGAGUGAUGCCCUGAGGGAGGGGCUUCUGGGUGAGGAGAAGAGGCUGAACGCUCGCCUCGCCAAUGGAACCGCUGACGGGCUGGAGAGCGUUCGACUGACGGAGAUCUACGGCAAGCUGGAGGAGAUCGAAGCCGACAAAGCCCCGGCCCGAGCCUCCGUCAUCCUGGCUGGUCUCGGGUUCUCUGCCAAGAUGCAACAGCAGAUGACGAGGGAGUUUUCAGGAGGAUGGAGGAUGAGGUUAGCUUUGGCCAGAGCUCUGUUUGCUCGGCCUGACCUGCUGCUGCUCGAUGAGCCGACCAACAUGUUGGACGUCAGAGCCAUCCUAUGGUUAGAGAACUACCUGCAGACGUGGCAGUCCACCAUCUUGGUCGUCUCCCACGACAGAAACUUUCUGAACGCCGUGGUAACGGACAUCAUCCACCUGCACACGCAGAGGCUGGACAGUUACCGUGGGGACUACGAAAACUUUAUCAAAACCAAAGAAGACAGACUGAAGAACCAGCAGAGGGAGUAUGAGGCCCAGCUGCAGUACAGACAACACAUACAGGUCUUCAUCGACAGGUUCCGGUACAACGCCAACAGAGCAGCUCAGGUCCAGAGCAAACUGAAGCUGCUGGAGAGACUACCGGAGCUGAAGCCCAUUGAGAGAGAAACCGAGGUCACUCUGAGGUUUCCUGAUAACUUUGAGAAGUUGUCUCCGCCCAUCCUGCAGCUGGACGAGGUGGAGUUCUUCUACGCCCCUGACCGGCCGCUCUUCUCUGGACUCAACGUGUCGGCCGACCUCGACUCCCGCAUCUGCAUCGUCGGAGAAAACGGUGCCGGAAAAACCACCGUCCUCAAACUGCUGAUGGGAGAGUUGACCCCGGUGGGUGGGGUCAGGCAAGCCCACAGGAACCUGAAGAUCGGUUACUUCAGUCAGCAUCACGUGGACCAGUUGGACCUGAACGUCUGCUCUGUGGAGCUGCUGCUCAACAGGUUCCCCGGUCGGCCGGAGGAGGAGUACCGCCACCAGCUGGGAGGCUACGGGAUCACGGGCGAGCUGGCCACGAGGCCGGUGGCCAGUCUGUCAGGAGGACAGAAGAGCCGUGUCGCCUUUGCUCAGAUGACCAUGCCAUGUCCAAACUUCUACGUCCUGGACGAGCCGACCAACCACCUGGACAUGGAGACUAUCGAGGCUCUGGCCAAAGCUCUCAACAAGUUCAGAGGCGGAGUCAUCCUGGUGUCGCACGACGAGCGCCUGAUCAGGCUGGUGUGUAAGGAGCUGUGGGUGUGUGACAGCGGGAAGGUUCGGCGAAUCGACGGCGGCUUCGACGAGUACAGAGACAUUCUGCACGAGCAGUUCAGGAAGGAGGGCUACCUGUGAGGCUCCGCCCACUUCUGACUGACCAAACGGACCAAUAGUGACAUAAACCCCUCCCCCCCUCUCCUUUCACGAUUACACCUGUCACAGCAGCCAAUCGGCUGCCGCAGUGUACCGGAGAACGUUUUCUCAUCAGCUGCUGUAGGCGGACGUGCUGCGAGCUGAUUGGUCCCAGUGGAGGGGGAGGAGACAGUGUAAUGUUGUGUUUUGUAUGGACAGCAGAGGUUUGAUCAGUUUCAUGGACCCGGCGUUAAACUAACAUUUAAAACAAUAAAAACACUUAUCACUCUC